CCCUGUCCGGCUCAGGGUAUGACCUCGUUUCUUCCACCUCACAACCCUGCUUCGUUCCUCCUCUUCACAGUGACAUCUACCGGCCUGCCCCGAAGGCUGCCCCGCACCGUCCCGCUCGCAGCCCAGGGCCGCUCUCCGGCACGGAGCUCGCAGCGCUGCCGUCGGGGCACAGCGGCGGCCCCAGGUCGGCCCGUAGCACCGAGGGGAGGAAACUUUCCCGCUGAGUUCCUUGCCAGCGAGCUCCGCGGUUGCGCAACAUACGCGGGUGCGAGCCGGCGGGGAAACUGGGAGAGCAACCUGCUGCCGCUUUUCUCCUGGGACGAGCCGGGUGCUGCUCCCUCAAAAGCCUUUUAUUGCGCCGGGAACCCCCCCGAGCGAUCAGGUUGCGCGCCACUCUGUGCUCUCGAGCGGAGCGUGGGGCGGGCCCGGCCGGCGGCUCCGCGUUCCACGGGGUGUGGCCUCGGCAUUAUUUAUGAGCUCCAGCCCCUAUUUGCUCAGCUAAUGAUGCACCGCCGUGCCUCGCCUCUCAGCGCGGCGGCGAGGGCCGGGCAGGGCUGUAACUGGAAACCGGAGCCUUCACCGUCACCGCGCGGCUACUUUCCAUUCACUUCUAGGUGCUUCAUUGAGGGCUGGGGAGAAGCGCUGCCGGUGCCUUAGGAUUAUUUUACAAAGGAACUGGGAGUACCUUUGCAACCACGAGGAAGAGAGACUUUUCUUUAUGGUUUCAUUUCUUGGAUAAUAAGUUGCAAAUCUGAAGAGAUGGCAUUUCUUGCACUGCACGUGGCGAUUGGGAUAUUUAUUUACUUUAGCAGUGUAAAAGGAUCUUCCCAGCCUCAAGCAAGGGUGUUUUUAACAUUCAAUGGUAAGAAAAAAGAUAUUCAAUCAUAACAUAAGAAUGUUUAUUUUCAUCUCCACCUUCAAUUCAGUAACUAAGUAGUAAUUGUGUAUUUAGUCUGCCCACAAUUAACUAUUUUUGGUUUGUGUUGUUGAGGUACCUGUCAAUCUAAAUUUGAUUCUCUCCUGUAGUUCAUUGCUACUAUGCCUACAUCCCUUCUCUUUAUUUGAAAUAAU